CCCGUCUCAGGUCUGGGGGAUGUUGGUGCCGUCUCCGCGCUCCCGCCGCCGGAGCAAAAACUAUUUUGUCUCUUAAAGAGAAUCGACAAAAAAAAGUGAAAUGUACAGAUGAGCAUCUAUCUGUAAGUCAAGCUCGGACAAUCAGCCAAACCGUGAUUGGACUUCUUUCUUCUUGACGAGUCUCUGCCGUCAGACGCUGUGGGACUUACGGUUCGCCAUGGAGACGGUGGUGAUCGUGGCCAUAGGAGUGUUGGCCACCAUCUUCCUGGCCUCCUUUGUUGCUCUGGUGGUGGUGUGCCGACAUCGCUACUGCCACCCUCAUGACCUGCUGCACCACUUCGACUCCAAACCCACCGUGGAUCUGAUUGGCGCCAUGGAAACACAGAGUGAGCCUUCGGAGCUGGAGCUGGAUGACGUGGUUAUCACCAACCCUCACAUCGAAGCCAUCCUGGAGAAUGAGGACUGGAUAGAGGACGCAUCUGGCCUGGUGUCACACUGCAUCUCUAUUCUGAAGAUCUGCCACACUUUGACUGAAAAACUGGUGGCCAUGACAAUGGGAUCAGGGGCAAAGGUCAAAGCACCUGCCAGUUUGAGUGACAUCAUCACAGUGGCCAAACGAAUCAGUCCAAGGGUGGACGAUGUGGUCAGGUCUAUGUACCCUCCUCUGGAUCCAAUCCUCCUGGACGCCAGAGCCACUGCUCUGCUGCUUUCAGUCAGCCACCUAGUGCUGGUCACCCGCAACGCCUGUCACAUGUCCGGCAGCCUGGACUGGAUCGAUCAGUCGCUGCACGCAGCGGAGGAUCACAUGGUGGUUCUGCGUGAAGCGGCGCUGGCUUCCGAACCAGAGCGAAUCCUACCUGGAGAUGAUGCUCAGAGAGAACAGGCCAUUUGAGGAAAAAACCUGAAACCUACAGUCAAAAAUACAAACCAUGAAAAAGCAGUUGCAUUCCAACGCUGACCUAGUGAUACGUACUGAAAUAGACAUUCCAGUUUCACAUUCGUGGCUCUGCAGUGGACAGAAGGUUUUUAAAAACAUUUUCUGAAACACACCAUUCAGUAGUGGGCCUAUAAUCCAGUCUAACCAGCACUGCAGUCACAAGGAGGCUUAGUCAGCUAAUCCAUCCUGAUGAAAAUGACAUCCAUUAGCCAGUGAACCCGAAGGUGCUCCAAUUCAGUGUAAAAAAAAGUUAGAGAAACCUGGCUUGCUUAGUAUAUGUGGGGUCAGUUUAACUUUGGGAUUUGGUGAGAAAAAAAUAAAAGAAUGCAUUCUUCAAAUACUCUGAUGCAAGUGGAGUUAAUAAAAUACAGUUCUUUCUAGGGAAUUUUGUAUUAGUUUUCCCCUUCACUUGUGACACACUUUACAUAUGCAGCUCUUUCCAUGGAUGACCAGUUUAGCUCCAUACUGGAAAUUCUGCCAGUGUAACCAAAAGCUGAACUUCUGAGGUCCUGCGUUGUGGAUAGAUACACCAUGGUUUCUGCGUGUAAAAGUUUGUAUUUUCAAACAUA